AUGGUAGAAGAGAACCCGAGAGCUCACGAGAAGCUUUCAGAAGCAGUAUGGGUGUAUCGAACUUCCAAGAGAGAUCUAACUGGCGCUACUCCUUUUUCUUUGACAUGCGGGCAUGAUGCAGUUUUGCCCGUCGAGAUUAACGUAAGAUCAGCUCGCAUCGCAUAUCAACACAGUCUUGUUCAUGGGAACUAUUUGGAGGCGAUGCUAGUCAAACUUGACGACUUAGACAUAAAGAGGGUGCGGGCACAUCAACACAUGCAAGUGCAAACGAGACGUGUCGUGAGGGCUUAUGACAAAAAGAAGAUGCUCGGAAUUGAGGUUGAAGUGGAGCUGAAACAGAGAUACAUAAUUGCAAGUGUUAGUGCCAAGAUUUUCAGCUUAUUGCCUUUGCUCAUAUCGUCCAAGUCUAUAACGGCUAUUCAGCCGUGA